ACUUUCGGUAACAACCAAUCAUCAUGCUGGAUUUAUAAAUAUGAUUUCAGAUUUUUUCACUUAUUACAAUUUAUAUGCUUUGAAGAGCUUUUUUGCAUUUCAUAACCUUCAAUCUAACUUUCAUAUUUUCUUAUAUGAUUGUUUCUUUUUCAUUAUUCUAUUCAAUAUCCUUUUUCAUAAUUCAUAAAUAAUUUAUCUAGGUUUCAAAUAUCAAUUUACGAAUUAAUUUAUUAAAUCUAUAUAUACAUGUGUAAACGUGUAUUACAUAUUAUUUGUCUGAUUCAACAUUUUAUGAAUAUCUUUUAUAAGAAAAUUUAGUGAAUUAUGUUAUGGUUCGGGACUUUAUGCGCGAGGUUGUUGUUUGCGGUUUUCGAUUAUAAGCUUUGUCAAGUAUUAAUUGAUCCCUAAUGAAAUUACUUUCUAUAUUGUUAAUGGAACGUUUCAUAACUAUAUUAUCAUUAUGGUUAUCCUUACAUGACUUAUGUAAAUAUUUACGUACCGACGUAAACUUUGAAUAGCAAUAAAAAAGCAGUAUGUGCUUUUCAUGUAAAUUUGUGUAAAAUAAUUUACAUAUUAUUUAUGUAUACCUUGUUGUAUCGUAUUAUUUUGGUAAUUUAAAAUUAUCUUAUUUGAAUGAUAUUAUAUUUAUGAUAUUUAAUAAUAUAACUCGGAUUUGAUCUUGCAAGCCAGUUUCCAAAUAAUAUAGAUCAUAUAUACACAUAUGAUAUCAGAAUACUUAUAAUAUAUAAUUUCAUGACAUAUUUCUAUUAAUUUAAAAAUUAAAGAUAUAUAUUAGGUUGUAAAUUUGGAAUUAAAAUUAUUAUUAUUUAAGCUAAUAAUUAAUUUAAAAUUUCGAUUAUGAUACCGUAUCUCUAGGAGUAGCAGAUAGGUCGAUAGUUCGCGCGGCAAAUAAAGAAAGCAUAAAGUUUUAAAUUUUUCUACUACACCUCCUAAUUAUAUACAUGUGUUACAGAUAGGUUAUUUGUUCGUUGCUCACGUUUAAGAUUAUACCAAUUACCGAUAGGUCGAGUGAAUUUAAAAUUUUUUACGGUAUAACUCAAAUUUAUACUUCGAGAUCAUAGUAAAGGAACUUGAGAAUAAUAUUUAUAGAUUAAUAUUUGAUAAAAAAAUGCAAGUGGAUUUACAAAAGCGUGAAAACACUCAAACUACAAUAUUAGCAUUAUUAAUUACACGUAAAGGAGGAUGUACUUUAAAGCAGCUAAAUAAUGAUUAUUAUGAGUUAGAGGGUGAACAUAUACCAUGGAAAGAUUUAGGAUACAACUCUUUAUUAAGUUUUCUACAUAGUAUGUCAAAAACAGUACAAAUAGAACAUAGAGAUAGCACAAUUAUUAUACGUGGUAUUGCAUCAGAGAAAUCCAAACACGUUAGUAAAUUAAUAGCCGGCCAAAAAACUCAGAAACCUUCAGUUGGAAGAAAAACACAUAAACCAAAUCACUAUUUUCCUACAACUGCUCCUAAUAAAAUUCGUAUACCAGCUGAGAUAUUAAGCAAGGUAGUCAGUUUAGUUAAAGAUAAACCUAAUGGCUUAAAUAAGGAUUAUAUACUUCAAGAAAUUCAUUCACGCAUGCCUUUUGUGAAAAUUACUAUGAAAGAAAUGGAAGAACAGUUACAAGAAUUAUCACAUAGAAUUUUUCAAACAAAUAAUAAGGUUUAUCCAAACCGAUCUAAAGUUAAGAAUUUUAAUAAUUUAAAAGGCCGCAAUGAUAUGUCCCACUCUAAAUCCAAAUUGCCAAUUAUCACUGCUGCUGGAAAUGAAGAUUCAGAUGACAUGUUAGAUUGUGAAGAUGUCCCUGAGGUUACACAUCUCAAUCGUACAUCUAAACCUGAUUACACAAAGUCAGAUACAAAGACCACAUCUACAUCUAGUUUCAUAAAGGAAACUAAAUACCAAGAAACGCAACAUAGUAAUGAUAUUAAAACGAAAUUUGAUGAUGAUAUAAUGAAAGCUAAAGAAAACGUUUUAGAUAAGAAAGAUAUUGAAAUACUUAUAAAUGAAAGAAUUAAAUUUCGUUUGGAAAAGCUUAUUCAAAACCACUCUGACGGGAUUUGGUGUGCUGAUCUACCAGAAAAAUAUUUAGAAGAAUAUAAAGUUUCUUUGAAUUAUGCAGAACUUGGUUUUAAUAGCGUUAGAGAAUUUGCAUCACAGUUACCUGAAAUCUUUCAUUGCAUUCAACCUGGUGACACAGGAGAUUUCAUGCUUUAUUAUGCAAAGAGGGAAAUACCUUCAAAUAAACUAACAAAGAAACAUGAAGCUAAUAAUGUUGCACAGUUGUAUGAUAUUUAUGAAUCAAGUAAUGAAGAAGCAGUUCCAGCAUCAGUGUCGCUCGAUACAUGUAAGAAGUUAAUACCAGAUAAUGUAAUGAGUAUUGGAGACUAUGUAGGUUGCAUAAACGUUGCAGAUUUAGAACAGAAUGAAGAACCUUUUAUAGAAGUUAUUGUUGUAGAAGUCUUCACACCUUCAUUCUUUUGGAUACAACUUCGUAAAAAACAAAAGACAUUUAAAAUGUUCAUGGAUGAUUUACAUAAGUUUUAUACAGUGCAAUAUGAACAAUAUGCAAUUCCACUACUUGUACUAGAAAAAGGUUUGAAUUGUGCAUGUGUAUACAAUGGAAUAUGGCAUAGGGGUAUAAUUAAGGCUGUGAAACCAGAUUUUCAAGUGACUGUAAUGUUUUAUGACUAUGGAACACUGAAAACAUAUUCUCCCGAUGCAGUAUAUUACUUACAUAAAAGGUUUUCCAUCCUGCCAGCACAGGCAAUACCAUGUGGUUUAAUUAAUACUAGGCCAUGUACAGGAUCUAAAUGGUCCCGUAGUGCUACUCAUCAUUUUGCACUAAGAACAUCUGAUAUACCUUUAGUUGCAACAAUUGCAACAAUUAAUAAGGAGGAUAAUUCAAUGAUGGUAAAUUUGACUGACACAUUAGAAGAUGAAGAUGUGCACAUUAGUGAUUGGUUAGUGGAGCAAAAGCUAGCAGAAUAUGGAAAAAUGGAAAAUAGUGUUGAUAUGAGUAAUCUGUUGCUUUAUGUGGAAGAGAAUUUAAUAUUUAUGCCUGAACAAUGUUAUGAAAAGGAGACUGACAUAUAUAAUGGCAAUAACGAAAAAUUAUCUGAAAAUGCUACUGAUGUGCCCUUGGUAUCGCCACAAAGUGUCUUAAAUGAUAUGUUCAUUAAGCCUUCAUCAGAAUGUACACUAUUUGAUGAACAAGAGAUAUUGCUAGCGGAAAAAAACAUUCAAGAUCAAAUUUUUCAGAGCAAUUCAACUUUUAAUAAAAGCAAUACUAAUCCAUUUUUACAAGCUGAAACUCCUUAUGGUCAAGUUAAUAAUGACAGAAGCUCACAAAAGUUUAUGGAAUUAUGGAAUGAAAAUUUGCAAAUGCAAAUACAACACUUAACGCAAAUAAACGCAACACUUCGUUUACUUCUUUAUGAAGUAAUAAAAAGCUCUCUAAAGAAUAACAGUUCAACAUACGAUAAAAGUACACUAAAUAUGAUAAAAAGCGUACUUUUGAAUAUUAAUAAACAAAUGCCAAUAUUUGUAAAUCCCUUACAUGUAAACACUGAAAGUGCAAAUACCGAAAAAAAAACUGCUAUAAACGAAAAUGUUGACUGCCCCGUGGAAUAUGUUGCACCUGCUGCUAUAAAUAAGCAGCCAUUAACUAGUAAUUUUUAUGAUAGAAUUCAUACUCAUAUUGACUCUUCUCAAAAUAAUUACAUUCAGGAUGAAGAUAGAAAUUUGAAUACAGUGAAUUAUAAUUCUUUAAUAUCUGGAAGUAAUGAUACUAAUGCAAUAAAUCAAUCUUUGCUAAAUCAACAGAUGUCAGUAACAUCAUGUGUUUCUCCAGGAUUUGGAAAAUUUAGUAACAAAUGUUUUACAAGUACUGAUCUUUCAACACCUAUAGAACAUUCUAUGCAUAAUGGAACGUCUUUCAAAGAAACAAAUCCUUUCAGACUUAGUUUAGCAGGUAAAUUACAAAUACUUGAUUCAGAAGAGGAAAAAUGUUCUCAUUCUAAUGAUUUAUUAUAUAUUUUAAAUAAAAAUCAUGGCGAACAUGAUUUGAUAACUUUUGAGAAUGAUAACUCCAAUACAAAUCGAAAUUUGGACGAUCUUAAGAAUAGAUUAUUUAAUCAUCAAUAUUAUGUUUCUGACUUUCUGGAAAACACAAACAAUGUUAAAAAUAAUUUAUUUACAGAAAAUGUAAAACCUUUUAAUCAUAACUGGAAUGUGGAUGAUAAUAUUAACACAACAUCCAAAAGCAUUAUCAGUGGUCAAUCUACAGAACGUAGUGCUCACCAGAAAGAAAUGGAGAAUCAAUGUUUUUCGUCAUCCAAGAAAUCUUUUAUUGAUGAUGAUUUACAGUUUGUUAAGGAAAUAUACAAACAGGAGCCAGUCCAGGCAAAUGGUAUCUCCAAUUUUAAUCAACUGUCGUGUGUACAAAGUAAUGGUUUUGUUAUAUCAGAAGAAAAUUUGAAUUGUAGAAGUAUUAACGAAAAUGUUAUAUUUCCUCCAAAUUAUGAUUUCAGUAGUUCUAGAUCUUCUAGCUUAUUACCUGUUAAUAUUUCAGAAUAUUUUCACUUAGCAAAUAAUACAAAUAUCGAUGAAAAACAUUUAACACGUUGUUCACUUACUUCUCAUACAUUAUACAACUCAUCUCCAAUAAUGGAACUUAAUGAAGCACACAAUGCUCAGAAAUCAGUAAUAAGUUCGGUAGACGUAUGGAGCAAACCGCUGAAAGAUACUACUGAAUCAAAUAAUUACAGUAAAAUUUGUUGGGUUUCUGAAAAUAACGAAGAAGAAGUAAUAUGUAAUAAAGAUCAACAAGGAAAUAGAAUACAAAAUUUUAUUCCAGAUGAUACAUCAGAUUUUGAAGUUGAUGCAUAUAAUGCAGGAGCAAAGAACUCAUAUUUAAAGAAAACUGAGUUUACUGUUGGAAAAGUCAUAUACGUUCCAAAAUGUCUGUCUGCAAAUUGUAGAAUGUUCUUUCGAGUAGUUGAACUACCCAAACAAAUAAUACAUAUAUUUUAUUAUCAAGAAGAAGGAUGGUUGUUAGUAGAUGAAUUCAUUCAAGUACUUACUGAAUCAGAGACCACUAUAGAUAUGGCAAAAUUAUUAUAUGCAUUCAAUAUAUAUGUCCAGUUUAAAGAAAUUGAUAGAACUAAGAAUUCAAUAGAAUUUAUAAAAAGUGGCAGUAUAUUGUCGAAAGCAACAUAUGAUAUAAUAAAUGGUAGUGAUAAAUUAUGCUUAAUACCAUUGAAAUCACUCUUAAAGGUAUUAUACAAAUUGGAAAUUAUAUCAUAUAAAGAUAUCAAUAAUAUCUUUGUACAUGAACAAAUUGUAAAUGGUUCAACUAAACAUAAGAUUUGGUUAAUUAUCAAUGCUUAUGGAGAAUUUAAAUAUUAUAUCGAAAAUAGACAAUAGUUAAGUAAUGUUAACUAAGUAUGUAUAUUUUAUCAAUAUAACUAUAGCGGUAUAUCAUAUUACAUUAAUAUAAUCUUUACAAUAUUGGUUAUUCGUGCAUAAAUAAUGUAAUAUAACGAAAGAAAGACAAUAGUUUUCAUUUUGUAUUAUUAGUAAUUAUGCGUGAAGAUUAAGUUGGACUGAUAAAUUUAAGAAGGAUAUUUUGUUAUAUUCUACUAUUAAUUUCUUUUUCUUGUUUAUUUUACUUUCAGUUAUUAACUUGAUUUUUUAUUUUGAUUAUAGGAUUUAAAUAUAUAUAUAUAUAUAUAUAUACAUAUUUUCUUUUUCUUUAGAUAUUCUAUCUUUUUUAAGCACUUAAUAAACAUCAGAUUUAAUUACGAUAUUACUUUAAUACAAAGGUCAAAUAGUUUAAGUUUAAAAAUAUACAUAGUUAUGAAACAUAUGAAAAUAAACUUUUGAAAUAUGUAAAUAAAUAUACAUACAUGUAUAUAAAAGAAUCAUGUACACGGUAUGUGAGUCUUUUACAUAUAUCAUUAGAUGUCACGUGCAUUGAACACCCUCUAGUGGUGUUCAUUUAAACUUUGCUAAGGAGGCAGGAAAGAAGUAUUACAGUCUAAUUCGAACUGUAUCAAAGUGAUAAUUAACAUUUCAAUUUGAAUUGUGUAUUAAGUAAACACGUAGAUUUUUUUUUACUGAAACAUAAUGGCAAGC